UUUACUUCCGGCGGAGCGUUUUCAGUGUAGCACCAAGAUGAAGAGCGAAGACAGAAUCAUACCGUCCCGCGAAAGCUGCGUUUACACCAGCUGUUACUGUGAGGAAAAUGUUUGGAAACUCUGUGAGUUUGUCAGACAGGAGAGAACUGUACCACUGGAACAACUGUUUGUGAUUUUCAUCUCUAAUAAAAACAGAAUGGUUCCUCUGUGGAAACAGAAGUCUGGACAUGGAGACCGGCCAGUGAUCUGGGUCUGUGAUGUCACUGACUACCACGUGAUCCUGCUGCAGGUGGGUCUUCAGUCGGACUCUCUGGUUUAUGAUCUGGACUCUGAGCUGUCGUUUCCCUGCAGCCUGAAACUAUACGCCGCCCAGGCCUUCCGUUCAGACCGCAACAUCAGACCCGAGUACCACAGGAAGUUGCGUGUUGUACCUGCUGACAGUUUCCUGUUGAACUUUGCGUCUGACCGAUCUCACAUGAAGACUUCUGAUGGAUCCUGGAGGAUGCCCCCCCCACCCUACCCGCCCAUACACACCACAGAGAGUCACAUGAACCUGGAUGACUUCAUCAGUAUGGACCCUGCUGUUGGCUGGGGGACGGUCUUCAGUCUGGACCACUUCCUGCAGAGCUAUGCCGGAAACUCUUCAUCAUCAUCAUCAUCAUCAUCAUCGUUGACCUCAUAGCUGUCAUCUCAGACAGACUGCAGCAGACACACCUGUUUCAGAUUUGUAAAAGAGUCAACGUUACAAACACGCAUGGACAUAAAAACUUUGAAGUAGACAUUACCUACGACUCCCAUGGUGCAUUUCUACGAAGCAUAAUAUGAGCUUCAGCUCUCUGUUUAAAGCUGUUUAUCAGUUUAUCAGAGCACUGGACAGCAAAAGCCAUGGAGGCUCAUGGGUAAUGUAGUAUUUAAAGUGUUAAUCCUGCAGGUCAGAACAUGAAGCAGGAUGAUGGUUCCAUUAUCAGGAGAGUCCUGAGGUUCUAUGUUCUCUAACAUUCAGCAGAUCCCCAAACUUCCCCCGUCUAUUUAAGCAUGUGUUUACCUGCACAGUUCUCACCUGGUUACUGCACCAGAAGCUUGUUUCUUACAGACUUGAACUGUGGUUGUGACAGUGACAGCAGCAGCAGUGUCUCUGUGUUCGAUAAGGUUCUACCAACCUGAUUCUAAUGUUCUGACAAAGACUUUUGUUGUUCUUACUACAGAACAAGUGAUCUGUUUUAACAGCCACAUGAGACUCUCCUAUGUCCCUUAGACUUCUACAGACGACAUGAGAAAAGCAGUGUUUCUCAUCAUUGUGCAGAAGUAUAUUUGUACUUUGUUCUUCUUCUACUUUACAUUUACCUGAGAGCUGCAGGCACUCAAAUAAAAUGGCUGAUCAGUUUCUAAGAUAUGAUGUAUUCUUACAGAAGGUCCUGCAUACACACAGGUGUUACCAGGUACUGUGUCUGACUACACCUGUUCAGGUGGGAGUGAGGAUCUGCUGGCUUACAUUAGCAUAUCAGUUCAUCUUUUGGGACCCUUGGCUCUCUAUCAUUUAACUGUUCUGUACAACAUCUACUUUAGAUAUUUUAUGUAUGUUUUUACUGUAUUUUUAUAGCAGUAUUUCUAUUUUACUUAACUGUAAAAUUGUUAAAAUACACAUACACACAAGCGCUUCAAUGAACAGACCACAGGGUCAGUAAAGUUUGAUUCAGAGCCUAAGUUGAGUGACAGAUGUUUUUAAAUGAACCAAUCAAACCUCCGUCUGCCUCCUGGUGAUAGUGUAUCUGUAGUUUUUAUGUUCGACCUGUGAAGGCGCUGUGAGUUCACCCUGAUGUUCUCACACUGACCAGGCCCACUGAUCGAUCAAAGGUUAAUGAUCAGUGAUUGCUCACAGAGGAGCCCGGUCAGGAUCCAGUUCAGACUGUAGUUGGAACCGGUUCAGACUGACAGACAGGAAACAGACCGGAAGAAUAACGGGAACGUUUAUUUGAAGUUUCGGUUUGGUACACACUUGGUUUACAGUCAGAGAAGAGUCAUGUGAGCGAUUAAAACCGUUUGAUUUGUUCAAGCUUUAUGACACGCCGCAACAGUGUGGCUAAUGACCUUUAACCUUUGGCCACCAAAUUCUAAUCUGUUCAUCUUUAAUUGAAUGUUUGUGUCAAAUCUUUAGAAAUUCUCUGCAGGUUUCCGUGUGAUUAAGUGUCACGAGGCCAGGACGAACGACCACAGCAGUCAACUUCAGUGUGACAUCAGGUUCAGGUGUGUGAGGGUGAAGUUCACACAGUGAACACCUGCUGCUCCUCGUCCUUGUCUACCUCUGACAGCUCAGUUUCUAUGUGUGGACACCAACAGCAGAAAGCGAUGUGACAGCUGUGAGCUCACUGACGCUACAGGAAGUAAACUGUGAGAUUUGGCUUCAGUCUUUUUAAACUCCACCCUGCAAUCAGCAGCUCAAUCAGGACAAACAUGAACAACCUCAACACUGAGGAAGAUGGAGAUGACGUCAGAGGAGGAGGCGGACGAGGAUGGUGGACAUUCUCCCUCGCGACAGGUGUAGCUGCUCUCUUGUGGAAGAUCUACCAGUCGAAGAAGAAGGAGGUGGAGGAGCUGGAGGUGACGGACAGGAUUUAUCGCGACUACAUCAAGCAGGAUCAGCAGGAGAAGCUGACAGAGGUGGAGAACCUGCUGGUGGAACGACAGCAUGUGUUCUGCAGUUACAGAAAGCUGUAUUCAAAACGUCAACAGCUGGAAGAACAGAUCCUGCAGAAAGCAUCAGCAUUAGAAAGUCUGAUUCCUGACAUGAGUAAAACUGUGAAGAGGAUCUUCACUGAAGAUUGCCACUGUGGUUCCUCUCUGACCUACAUCUGGACCAGAGACAAGAGGAAGAAUGGGCGGUUGAUGUGGGAGGAGAUGAAGAACUGGAGGAGCAUGUUGGAGAACAAUGGAAGGUCCUGAGGUAAAUAUUUAACCUGUGUUCCCAGUUCUGUGUUCUCCAGAGACAGAUGAGGACAUUGAUAUCAUCCUUACCUGAAACCUCUUCAUGAAACCCUCAUAACACCUUUUUCAACCAACCCUGGAACUCCCUCAAAACCUCCUGGAACCCUGUGAAUCACACUCAGCUCUGCUCAGUGAUCCCAAGAACCUCCUAAAGGAUCCAUAGAGCCUCCUUAACAACACAAGGAACCUGUCACUGGCACAAAGAACUCCCCUUAAAGAAACAUAGUAGUCCCUCAACUCCCUUACAACUUCUCAGUGAUCUUUAGGAGUCCUGGAACCUCUUCAAGGACUCACAAAUCCUCCUCAAGGCCCCCUAGAACCACCUCAAAGACUCCCCUCUCAAGGACUCUUCAAACCUUUUCAAGGACUUAUGAAGUCUCCUAAAGGAUGAAACUUCAUCAAAGACAGCUGUAACCUCAUCAGUGACAGGAGACAGAGUUGUUGGGAAACUUAUUACAGUCAUUUCCUCUUUAUCCAGAUGUCAGGUCAGAUGUUUCGUGUACAUCACUGGACACACGACAUGGAAACACUUGAAAUCAGAAUCAGGGCUGUAAAGGUCAGAUGCCCUGUUCACACCUAACACCUAACAUGUGUCUUCAGUGAUCCGAUCACAGGUGGUCAGCUCUAAGUACGUCAGUUCCCUUGUGAUCAGAUCUCACUUCCUCGCUUUAUAUGCAAAUAAACAAGUAUGUGUUGAUGUUUUUAACCAA